UUACAAUGCGAGUCACUGUAGAUCUGGACUGAACAAAGGCAGCAAUAUUGAAUCAAGAGCAUUGCUUUCUGCCAUUCAAACAGACCACAAAACCUAAAAGGAUUGAGGUUGCACAAUGUGACAGGAAAGGUAGCCUACUUUUGAGACCUCCCUACUGUGACAGGCUGACCCAUCAGCACCAUCUUAUCAAAUCCCCUUAACUGUAAAGGGGAUAAUAUAAGGUGGUGGUGCACUUUCUGAAAAACCAACAAAGAUCAAGCGAGAACAGUCAAUCAGGAUGAUCCUUUUGUUGAUAACACUGCUUCUUCUCCAUCAGGGAUAUGCACUGAUCUCAGUGAAAACGGUUCAACUAGGCAGACCUGCAACCUUCACAUGUGUUCUACCUGAUUCGGAGUAUAGCAAUACACGAGUCAAGUGGUACAAACAGAGUUUUGGUGAUACUCUGACAUUAAUUACUACGCUUAUGAAAGGCACUGAAAAUCCCAUGAAUGAAAAAGGAUUUCCUCCCUCGCGAUUUAAUGCAAACCAUACCACAACCAUGAGCUCGCUGACCAUUUUGAAGACAAUCCAAGAAGAUGAGGCAUUGUAUCACUGUGCAUUCUCUUCCUGGAGUACGGAUCAGUUUAGUGGCACAUAUCUGUCCUUAAAAGGAAACACUCAGAGGACUUCAAACUAUACUGUUGUUCAGCAGCCGACGGUAUCUAAUACAUUUCACCCAGGAGACUCUGUCACUCUCCAGUGUUCAGUCCUCUCUGACGCUGAGAAGUCGUCCUGUCCAGGUGAACACAGUGUGCACUGGUUUGGAGUUCGAUCACAUAAAUCUCAUCCACACAUCAUCUACACAGACGAAAAUGGACACGAUGGAUGUGACAAGAUAUCGGACACUCAGAAGAGUUGUGUUUAUCACUUCUCUAAGAACGUCAGCUCCUCUGAUGCCGGGACUUACUACUGUGCUGUAGCCACAUGUGGAGAGAUAUUAUUUGGAGAUGGAACAAAACUGGAUAUUGAAGGAACCGGGGCGUGGUCUUUUGGUAUUAAACUGACGGAGAGUGCAUUUCUGCUUCUGCUGUGUGCCGUCUUGGCUAUAAGUGUGAUCGUUAUUGCUGUCCUUAUUUACGCAAUCAAGGAGAACAAGUGUGGUUAUUGCAGUAAUAAAGCUGCUGUUUCCCUGCAAGAAAAUGUUGCAAAAAGAAAUUCAACGAGAGAUGAAGACACAUGGAUUUAUUCUGCUGUUAUUUUUACUGUGAUGAAAGCUGGCAAUGGUGGAAUCAGGGAUGCAAAAGCAGCAGAGAGGAUCUAUACUGCAGUCAAGCCUUUUGGGUUGGAUUAGUGGACUGUUUUUCAUUGAUGUUUUUCUGUUUAAAGGUACCAUGACAUGGUGCUCUUUGGUUACUUUUAUAUAGGCCUUAGUGGUCCCCUAAUACUAUAUAUGAAGUCUCUUUUAAAUAGACCCUAAUGGUCCCCUAAUACCAUAUUUUAAGUCUCUUUCCCAAAAUUCUGCCUCGGUGCAGAAUUACAGCCACUAGCGCUAGUCCCAUAAUGAGCGUUCCUUAGGAUGAGCCAUUUCUGUGUCUGCAGCUUUUGAGGAGGGGGGUGGAGCCACUUUGCUCGUUUGAAAGCCAUGAUGUCUCU